AACACAGUGAAGUGCAGUAAACAAAAAAUAUUAUUUCAGCGUUCUGAUGUUAUUUUAUUAAUGUUUGCUUAAGGAUUUCUUGUAGCAACGAUGUCUGGAGAGGAUAAAAAGUAUUACAAAUGGACGCAAGAUAAUUUGGAAAAAGCCUUAGAUUGUUUGAAAAAGAAAUGCAUGGGAAUUAAUCAGUGUUCACGAAUGUUCAAUAUACCUAAGCCCACUUUAAAGAGACAUUUGUUAAGUUCGAACAAAUAUGCGAAUGAAAACACCGUUUCUAAGGGCAGACCAACUGUUUUUAGCAAUGACGUUGAACAAGAGCUUACGUCGCAUUUGUUAAACAUGGAAAAACAUAUGUUUGGACUCACAAUAAAUGAUGUUCGAAAGCUGGCUUACGACAUUGUGGAAAAAAAUAGCAUUCCAAACACUUUUUCAGAAACGACUAAAAAAGCUGGGAAAAAAUGGUUUUACUCAUUUCUUAAAAGACAUCCGGAACUUAGUGUUCGCCAACCCGAAGCAACAUCUUUGAAUAGAGCUAAAGGAUUCAACCGCGAAAACGUCACAGAAUUCUACAACCUUUUGGAGCAAAUAAUAGAUAAGGAGCAGUUGACUCCUGAAAAAACUUAUAACGUAGACGAGUCGGGAUUUUCAACCGUACAAAAGAAACCCCAAAAAAUUGUAGGUGAAAAGGGUAAAAGUAGAAUAGCUGCCAUAAGCAGUGGCGAAAGAGGGGUAAAUACGACAGUUGUGUGCUGCGCCAGUGCAUCCGGACAUUUUGUGCCCCCUAUGAUCAUAUUCAAAAGAGUCAGAUACUCACCAUUGUUGGCCCAAGGGAAACCACCGGGAAGUAUUGUUGUAAACUCAGAGAGUGGCUAUAUCAAUAGCGAAUUAUUUGUCCAAUGGCUUCAACAUUUUAUUAGUGUUGUAAAACCAACAACCCAAGACAAAGUUUUACUGCUGCUUGAUGGGCACACGACACAUUCCAAAAACUUGGAAGCUGUUUUAAUGGCUAGAGAUAAUGGAAUUAUCUUGCUCCAGCUACCAGGCCACACUACGCAUAGGCUUCAGCCUUUAGACGUUUCUUUUUUUAAACCAUUUAAUGGAUACUAUACUGAAGCCAUAGAAAAAUGGCUUCUAGUCAAUCCUGGCCAAAGUGUGACUCAGUACCAAAUAUGCGCACUGCUAAAUGAAAGCUAUGGACGAGCUGCUUCUGUUGCAAAUGCUCAGAGUGGAUUUAGAGUAACAGGUAUUUGGCCAACAGACCGCAACGUUUUCAAAAAGCAUGAUUUUCUUGCUGCUGAACUAAUGAGUACAAGUGCCACUCUAAGCCACUCUAAUGAUAUCGAAAACCCCGGGUGCUCUACAGGAAAUGUUGUUACAGACCAACCCAGCACUAAAGAAACUCCCAAACCCAAUCCAACCAAAGAAACAACUAAGUCAAAUGUGAGUGAGGAGAAUUGUGCAGCUACCAGGAACAAUGAAGCAAUUAAAAAUAGGAAAGUGAAAAAAGAGUCCAUAAGUAGUGAAUCUGAAAUAGAAGAAGUUGUGCUACAAGACGAAUCUGACGAUAAUGAAGAAAUUGAGAUGGAAGAUGAAAAUUAUUGCUGUAUAUGUAAUGGCUAUUACUUUGAUAAAAAGGGACCAAAAGUGGAAUGGGUUAAGUGUUUACGAUGCCAAAAAUGGUUUCACGAAACAUGCGGAGACAACCCUGACAUAUGUGAAAAAUGUUUGAAAAAGAAAAGAGUUGAUUAA